GAGAGGAUGUCCGACCUGGGAUCAGAGGAGUUCGAGGAGGAGCAGGAGGCCGAUCUGGGGGAAUAUGAAGGGGAGCGGAAUGAGGUGAAGGAGCGGCAUGGUCAGGGUAAAGCUCGGUUGCCGAACGGUGACACCUAUGAAGGGAUGUAUGAGAAUGGGAGGAGACACGGCCAGGGAACUUACCGAUUCAAGAAUGGCUCUCGGUACAUAGGAGAGUAUUACCAGAACCGGAAACACGGUGUGGGGACCUUCAUGUAUCCUGAUGGAUCCAAGUACGAAGGUGAUUGGGUGGAUGACCAGCGGCAGGGACAAGGCGUCUACACCUACCCCAAUGGAGACACGUACAGCGGAGACUGGUUCUCCCAUCAGAGGCACGGACAAGGCGUGUACACCUACGCUGACACGGGAUCCAAGUAUGUGGGCACCUGGGUGAACGGUAAGCAGGACGGAGCCGGAGAGCUCAUUCAUCUGAACCACCGCUACCAGGGGAAGUUCUCCAACACAAUGAUGCUCGGUCCUGGGAAAUACAUCUUUGACAUCGGCUGCGAGCAGCACGGCUCCUACGUCCAGGUUGAACAGGUAAUCCUCAUGUGA